UGUCUGUUUGUUUGUCUGUUUGUAAGUUCAGGAUCUGCUCACCUGGCUGCCACAGCACUGCGUUUACAGCAUGGAUAGCCUUCACACAAUAAGUUAUUAGUUUUAACAAUAGUAGAUUUCGAUGUUAGAGCUUUGUUGUCGAAUAAAAGCGAGCAUAAACUAAGAAGCUUGAACUUGCACGUUGGCAGCUAGCUAGCUAGUAGCCUCGAUCCCAGGCCGAUCCGUCUCUAAUUGAACGCUAGGUCGCCUCCUCGGCCUGGUAUUGAUUGUAUCUGGGCGUGUAUCUGGGCGUGCUCUUAUUGGCUCCACCUCGCUCAGGUAUUCGCUAAAAAAGAGCGAAUUCCUGAGCGACUUAACACUAAUGGUGUAUGUAUGAGCACCUACUCCGUAAAAGUAAUUGUAAUCUCAUGAAUAGCUCCGUAAAGCUAGCUAGCUACUAUACUAUGGCAAUUUCAACGUCUUUUGAUAUCCAAGAAGCAUUAGCAUAUGCACUGUCUUGUGUGAAGCAAGAAGGACUGAUCCUCAAGGAACAGCAGGUCCGUGCUCUCAAGCUCCUGUCAGAAGGAAGGGACGUUUUUGUGUGGUUCCCAACUUAACUGGGUAUGGCAAGUCUCUGUGCUAUCAAUUGCUACCCUUCUUGAUGGACUACAAGCUUGGUAGGACUAAGGGUCCUCUUGUCGCCAGAAGUGUAGUUCUUGUCAUCUCUCCCCUUGUGUCUCUCAUGAUUGACCAGGUCAGGAGUCUGAACACUAGAGGUGUUUCUGCUGUCAUCCUCAGUAGUAAUAAGGGAAUCGACAGAAGUCUUGUUGCCACUAACAAAGAUGUGUCGGAUGGAAAGUACCAUCUGUUGUUCACUGCCCCAGAGGCUGUUGUUGAAGACUAUCGUUGGAGGAUGCUAUUACUAGAGCCUCCACUCAAUUCCUCUUUAGUGGCAAUAGCUGUGGACGAAACACACUGUGUUUACAAGUGGAGCUCUGACUUUCGUCCUGCCUAUGCACACCUAGGUGAGCUUAGAGCAUUUUCCCCUCCUGGUGCUCCAAUGUUGGCUGCAAACUGGAUAGUUUCUGACCUACCCUCUAGCUCCACAGCGAUUGCAGAUUAUGUCGAGGCACUGGCAUUAUGUGGACCAUCAAUGAGUUAAAAGCAAGCCUUUUUCCUCGAACCCCGAUGGUACUCCUCUUUGCUGAUGGACGCGAGCUCACAGUGAAAGGAGAUGCGUCGGAACCACUCGUGUCCUUAGUCCUUUUCUUAGGGGCUGAUCUUACUGGACUACUAGGGAGCUGCCCUUUGGACACUUGUUUCUGGUAGCUACGUCUGGCCAGGAGCCUGAACGCCUCUAUGGACUCUAUCUUCUUGAUACAAGAAAGACAGACAAUCUUUGACAGGCCAUCUGAAUCACUAACAGGCAGAUCCAAUGCAAGACUGAGCCUCCCUGGAAUAUCUUCUUUGAGAGCCUUACUGCUGAACAAAUGUUUAUAUCUUCUGUUUUGUAUGGCAUCAGUGCUGCAACAUAACCUACAAAGAACAAACUUAGAAGCCAUCAUUAAUUUUAUUCAAUUUUCAUUUGACCACA